UGUGUAUGCAAACAAACACUGCAGUGACUUGGUCAAGUCUAUGUUUUUUUCAUGGAUGUAAUAUGGUGCUUUAUAUUUCUAUUGGUCUAAAUGUGAUUGAUAGACAGCUGGAGGGAGGGCUCUGACUAUAAAACCCGAACCUAGGAAGCAAGGGUCUUUAAACCAGUUUGUCUAGCCGCUUGGGGGUACGCCAUUGUUCUAGCUUGGUACGGAUCACUUGACCGAUAUUGAAAUAGUUACGACACAACGUUUCAAAAGUAUGAUGAGGUGAUUGUGUUGCAAGGCUGUUUGUAGACACAGCUAGUGAAUUCAUAUGUGAGGUGAUUGUGUACGGUUUUUCGCGAGAGAGACUUUGGUGGUGUUAACUUGACUUUUCGUCAACGGGAUUUUGUUAUCGUCGGAAGAACUUGAUCAUCAGUAAACAAUUUUCAACAGAACGGUGAAGUUGCCUUUUGGUCCGUUGAUGAAGCUUGUAAAGUAUCAAUAGACUUGACUUGGUCAUCAUCCUAGAAAGUCUAGUAGUCGUCUGAUCAAUUUCUAUCAACGAACUGUUUUGCGAGCAAGGUACAACUUUGCUUGAACUUUCUUUCUGAACUUUGUGGAGACAGUUCUUUGAGAAUAAUGCCUGCAUUUGCUGAGGGAGAUGGUUCGGUUGGGAGUAAAGACGUUUCCGUGCGAAAAAAGGAGAUUAAUAGCAGUUGGGACAUGAUGGCAAAUAACAACACAAUGCCCUCCAUUGCGGAGUUCUUUGCUGACAAGUCCAUCUUCGUCACGGGAGCUACCGGUUUUAUCGGGAAAGUCUUGGUUGAGAAGCUUCUUAGAUCUUGCCCAGCGGUGAAAGAAAUCUUCCUCCUGGUCCGGCCGAAGGCGGGGCAGGCUGCUAAAUCAAGAAUUGAAGAUAUCACUUCUUGCAAGAUGUUCGACAAAUUGAAAAAUGAACAGCCGGACAGCUUGAAAAAGCUGGUGGUUGUAGAGGGCGACAUUCAGGAGCCGAAUCUCGGUAUUUCAGAGGAGGAUACUGCAAGACUUCAUAAUGAAGUAUCUGUCGUAUAUCACAGCGCCGCAACCGUCAAAUUUGAUGAAAAACUAAGCCUUGCUUUGAAAUUGAACGUUGGUUCUGUUCAGAAGAUGGUUGCGCUUUGUCACGGCAUGAAGAAACUUGAGGUUUUGGUCCAUGUGUCCACGGCCUACGCAAACUGUGACCGAAAGCACAUAGAAGAGGUAGUCUACCCACCACCUAUGGACCCCUAUAAACUCAUGAACACAACUGAAUGGAUGAGUGAAGAAAUGAUCACAUCUAUUACAACUAAGAUCAUAGGGAACCGACCCAACACGUACACCUUCACCAAGGCACUAGCUGAGUAUGUCUUGAUGCAAGAAGGUGAGGGCCUACCCUUCUGCAUCGUCAGACCGUCCAUCGUCGGAGCUGCCUGGAAAGAACCACUGCCGGGAUGGAUAGACAACUUUAAUGGACCAAGCGGUCUCUUCAUUGCAACUGGGAUUGGAAUGCUCCGAUCCAUGUUAGGUAACAUAGACGGUCUUGCGGACAUCUCCCCAGUAGAUUACGUCUGCAACCUGCUUAUCGCUGCGUCUUGGCAUACAGGAGUACACAGACCAGCUUCACCUCCGAUCUACAACUGCGUAACGAGUACAACCAACCCCUCAAGAUGGAACGUCGUAGAGGAUAUUGCUGAAUACUACACAAAAACACCCCUUGAGAUGACAGUGAGACGACCCAGUGCCUUCUUCACACAGAACCCAUUCAUCUACAAUUACGCACAAACGGUCGGUGCGAAGAUUCCAAGUUAUUUCAUUGACAUGCUUCUUCAGCUGAAAGGAAAGAAGCCCAGGAUGGUGAAAAUGUGCAACAGAAUCUACAAGAGUGUGGAUACAUUGAAGUAUUUCACAUUCAAUCACUGGGAAUGGAGUAAUCACAAUUUGGAAGCUUUGCAAGCUGUUAUGUCAGAGGAGGACAAGAAGGUGUUUUACACCGAUGUUCGUCCUCUAGACUGGCAGAGCUAUAUUGAGGCGUAUUGCGUUGGGACAAAGCAGUACGUGCUCAAAGAAGACCUAAACUCCAUACACAUUGCAAGACGACACAUCAGAAUGCUUCGCAAUCUUCGUUGGAUGUUCAACACCGUCUUGUUGGUCGUCUUCUGGCGAGUUCUCAUCGCUCGAUCACAAAUUGCUCGUAACCUCUGGUAUUUUGUCUUAAACCUCUUCUUCAAGUUCCUCCGGUAUUGUCGCGCCACAAGCUCCACCCAAUAGAAAAAUUGCCACGCCCUUUCAACAUUUAUAUUUACCCCCUCGCAUGCUUUUGCGGUCAAGUGGUUGAACUACAGGACUUGAAAUCACAAAGUUGUGGGUUUGAAUCCAACCAAGCUCACGGCUGAUUUCACACGGCGUCUUGUUACUAAAUCAAAAUUAAUUGAUUUGUGCAAUUCACAAUCGUAAAUGUGAGACCAAUGUUUGUAUGGGAAAGUUGGGCUG